AUGGGGCCGGGGCGAGGGAAGAAAUCACGUGGCGGAGGGCCCAAAGGGCGGCUAACAUUUUCCGCUAACGGGGCGGCAAAAGGUGGCGGCCGGACACGUGGCUUCGAGGUACUGGUCGACGACUUGCCGGAGUCUCUCGGACUGUCAACGAGCGGGGGAGAAGGCAGAGGAAGGGAGGAGGCGAGGGGAGGCGACGCGCGGUCCCAAGGGGGCGGAGCGGAGGCUUUCGGGCCUGGGAGGAGCGUGGGUGGGGAGAAGAGCGGAAGGGGUUUGAACGGGGACGGAGGGUUCGGGAAGGGACAGGGUUUUGGGGGGGUUCAGGGGAGAAGGUCAGAUAGUUCGGGUUUUGGUAGAUUAUCAAGGAGCCAAGAGGAGGAGGAAGAGGGAGAGGAGGAGGAGGAGGAGGAGGAGGAGGAGGAGGAGGAGGAGGAGGAGGAGGAGGAGGAGGAGGAGGAAAAAGAGGAGGAGGAACAGGGGCUGGGGGGGGAAGAGGGGGAGGUGGAAAGUGGGAGUGAGGAGGAGGGAGAAGAUUCGGAGGAGCAGAGGGAUGCAGAGGAUGAGCUGGUGCGCCUGCAGCAGCAGCUGGCAGACGUGCCGUUCGAGGAGAUCCAGAGCAUGAGAAGUCGCGAGCGGGUCGCGUUGUCCUUCACGCCUCUCUCUUCCCGUUGUCCAGAGCAUGAGAAGCCACGGGCCAACCACAUUGUCCUGCACGCCUCACACUUCCCUUACCUCCCACUCCCGUUCCUUCCCACUACCCCCUCAUCAGGCGCGCCUGCAGCAGCAGCUAGCGGACGUGCCUCACGACUGCAGCAGCAGCUAGCAGACGUGCCCUUUGAGGAGAUCCAGCAAAUGAGAAGCCGCGGAUGGGCUGCUGCUCCUAUACGCGGGUCUGGGGAGCUUGGUGGGCGGGGGGGAAGAAGUCAGGCCGGCAUUGGUGCUAGUGCUGGUGCUGAUGGUGAUGCUGAUUCCGAUUCUGUCUCUAGUGACGAUGACGAUGGGGAUGGCGGCGAAGCUGGGAGGAGGAAAGGAGGGGAUAGAGGGAAGGGAGCGAGAGGGGGAGGAGCAGAAGGGGAGGAGGCAGGGGGCAGUGGAGGUGCGGUGGUGGGGUUGAAGCGCAUGAAGGUGCUGGCAGAGGCGGUGCGGCGCCGGGCCAACAAGAACCGACCCAUGGAGCUGCCUGCUAAGAAGCCGGUGCCGCGGCUGCGACAAGUGGUGGACGCCCCUAGGAAGGUUGUUCGGGACCCGCGUUUUGAGUCGCUCUGUGGGGAGUACGACGAGGGCAGGUUCAAGUCUGCCUACAAGUUCCUUUUUGCAGAAGCACUUCCCAAGGAGAAAGAGGAGGUGCAGAGGCAGCUGAAAAGGGCCAAGGAUGAGGAGGAGCGGAAGAAGAUCAAGCGGCGGCUUGCACAGAUUGAGCAAUCAUUGAAGAGUGAGAGCCAGAGGCAGAAGAAGGUGGGGAGGGAGAUGGAGCUGAAGCGGCAGGAGAGGGAGGCCGUGAAGGCGGGAAAGAAACCGUUCUACCAGACCAAGUCGUCUCGCCGGCGUGAAGAGCUGUACGAGAAGUACCAGGAGCUUAAGGCAGGGGGCAAGCUGGACUCAUUUAUGGCGAAGAAGAGGAAGAGAAACGCGGCGAGAGAACACACCAAGGUGCCGUUCCGCCGAGAGCAUUAG